ACCACAAGGGAGACAACUAUAAAAUCGACAUGAUUUAUGCUGCAUCAAAAUUUUUUCUAGGCGACAGUUUUGAAAUAUUACUUAAAUUUAAGCCAGUUUAGAAGAUAAGACAUGUUGAUGUCUGAGGGACACAGUGAGGAUCUGCAACGUCACAUGUACAAGCUGUACCAAGAUGGAGAAAUGUGUGACCUUGAGAUCUUCUCGAGGGAUGGAAUCACUUUCCGAGCCCACAGACUUGUUCUGACAGCGUCCUCUAGGCAUUUACAUAACCUCUGUAUUCAGUCGGGAGACUGUACUAGUUAUCAGUUUGAUAUUGGGAGUGAGGCUCUUCAUGUCCUGCUGGAGUUUUGUUACACUGGGCAGCUAUUUGUUACUGUAGAAAGAUGGAGGGACAUACAGGAUGCUGCUGUUUUACUUCAGAUGUACAACGCUCUUGAGCUUCUGAACAAACAGUCAAGAAAAGGAACCAGUCAUGACUACCAAGAAGUAGGCAACCAGACUGUGUUAGCACCACAUGACAACCCUUCCACUAUCGAUUCCCAGAGCCGGGCCAGUGUUGAAAUUGUCCCAUUUAAUAGUCAGUUUAAACUGGAAGGACAAACAGAGAUGUUUGAUAAUGAUAUACUUGGUGGAGACCAGAACCAGCAAGAGAUUAUCGUAAAACAGGAAAUACCAGUACUGCAUGAAGAGGGGAACCAGUUGGGAAAAUCUGCUGAAGAUAAAAGAAGGAAUGUCAAGGUCACGCACUACAGAACGAGGUCAGGUUCCAAAAAAGAUAAAAUAACAAACAGUAUUGAAAAUUGCUUAGAGGAGUCAAAGAAGGUUGAUCUGGACAAUGAACCGAGACAAAAGAAAAAGCCAGUAGCAUUUACAGGGAUCAAAGGUCGUAGAAAUUCAGCAAAGGUCACAAAUGGUGAUGACCCAGAUUAUGAACCUGAAACUAAGUCUGCGAAAAAGGUCAAAGUGAGAAAAAGAAAUGAUAUUAAAACCAGAAGUAAAGUGAGUUCCAGUGAAGAUAAGAAUCGAAGAAUUCUCGCAAAAAUUAAAAAUUCUAAAAUUGAAAAGACAGUUGGGCAAGAAAGGAAGAGAAAAAGGGGCUGUCGAAGGUUUCACAAAAUUUUCAUGCCUCAGAGUUCAAGUAAGAAAUGUCCAGAUUGUAACAAGACUUUCAUGUCUUCAGUGUUACUCCAUAGACACCAACUGUGUGUACACUUCUCUAAAAACUGCUCACAGCUUAAGCAUAAUCAUAUUGUUAAAUUAUCCAAACAAAAAUCGAAUACUUACAGUUGCAUUAUUAAUCAGGGCAUUCUCAACAAGUCUUUGAAAUUUGAAUGCAAAUUAUGUAAAGCAAAAUUUUCGAAAUACUGUCUUUUUACUAUGCAUCAUCGAAAAAAGCAUAGCAAUAAUGCAAGACCGUUUGAAAGUUGGUUACGUUAUUGUUCCGUUAAAUUAGCAAUGCAGAAACUACUUGUGCCGUUCGCAAAAGACAGAAAAUCUAACAGCGGUUCUGUAGCUAAAUCAAAAGCAAACCCGAAGAAGCAUAGAGAAAGAACGUUCAAGUGCACGGCGUGUAACAAGAUGCUUUUGACGCAGUACACGCUGGAGUCACAUAAGAAGAAUAUGCAUGGUGACACAUCUGGACGUGUAAUCAUUCGAAGGGAAAAGGUUGUUCCGCCAGAGCCACUGUUUGUCUGUUCAGAAUGCAGAAAGUCAAAAGGGACAAUCAGGGCACUCAACAACCAUUUACAGAUGAAACACGGGUAUACAUCCAGGGAAGCGAACCGGUUACAACACUGUGUACCUGACAGUCUCGGUUGUGAGAUUUGCGAGUUUAAGACCCACAAUCUACAGGAGAUGAAAGAGCAUGUCACAGAGAUGCAUUCUUUCUUGAAAUACCAGUGCACGGAUUGUCCUUUGUCAUUUAAGGUUCUGUUGCUGAUGAAGCGUCACAGGUUUAUGUGUCACAUUAUGGGAAAGUAUAAUUUUCACUGUCAACACUGCUCGAAGUCUUUCAGGAAAGGUUCAGUACUGCGUAAACAUGAGUACUUCAAACAUGGUGUACCACAUGAUAAUAUCAAGAUAUUUUACUGUGAACAUCCAGGUUGUAGUUACAAGACAUAUGCUUCAACAGCGAUUAAACUUCACCAGAGUAAACACGUUACGGAGAAGCUGUUCCCGUGUGAAUACUGCGGCAGUAAACUGAAAACUAAGUCGAUUCAUGAGAAGCAUGUGGCAAAGAUGCAUCUUGGUAUACGUCCGUUCUUGUGUCAGGUGUGUGGUCUGAGUUUCGGAGAGAAACACGAACUGCAGUCCCAUAUCACAAACAAACAUUCCAAUGAGAGAAAUUAUCAGUGCCAAUAUUGUUCAUACCGUACAGCUGUAAAGUCUACGUUCUUCACUCAUAUGUUCAAUGUACACAAGGUUCGUGCUGAAGAUGAUAAGAGAGAAUUGUUCUCAUGUCCUCAUUGCCCUUUCACCUCCAUACUGAAGUACCGCUACCAGACACACGUGAAUGGACACACGAAUACUCGCAACUACGAGUGUAAGAUCUGCAAUAAAUCGUUUGUGUCGGCAAAUACGUUACGCUCUCACAAACAGUGGGUACAUUCCGAUAAAGUGUAUUCGUGCACGCAGUGCGAUUACCAGACCAAAACUACUCAAAAAUUGAACGAGCAUAUACGUGUACAGCAUCAGUUACAAGGCUUCAAACCGUAUAAAUGUCCAUAUUGUACAUUCAGAUGCGCUACAGGAGGAAAUACACGUAAACACGUGAAACAGGUGCAUAAAGGUCAGGAAGUGACAUAUUUAAGAGACGAUGAUUUGCUUACAGCUGCACGAAUGGCACGUGCAUCAGGUCAUUAUGCUUCACUUCUCAACACAUUGUCGUCAGUUCAACUGUCACAUGAAGUUAGCGAAGAUGAACGGUCAGAACUCUCAGAAAAUAUACUGCACAUAGCUUUAUAAUUAAAUGGUUUAUACAUUCUGUGUUGUGAUACCACUUGCAAAGUGUUAACUGUUAAUGUUAUACAUCAGUUUAUGUUUUGUUAAAUCUGUAGCAUUUUGAAUUCAUUUAGAAAGAUGCUCUGGAUGUCUUUGAUAUGUAAUUAUGUUUGCAAAAAUUAAGUUUGGUUGUGUAUAAACUGAAGAAGCAAGCAGCAUGGUGCCCACCAAAAGAAUGGUAAGAUCAUGUGCUGGUUGAAAAUGCUCAUUAGAAAUAUUGACCUCUGGGUUAGAGGACUGAAAAUUAGUUUUAUAGUGAUUGUUAUUUGACAUGCAUCCAUUGAAUGUAUAAUUAUGUUGUUAAUUGGCAUGCAUUGAAUACACAUGUCAUUUAUUGUUAUGCAUUGAAUUUACUUGUCAAUAUUUUGCAUGCAUUCAAUUUACUUGUUACUACUUGGCAUGCAUUUAAUUUUCUUGUCAUUACUUGACAUGCAUUCAGUUUACUUGUUAUUACUUGACAUGCAUUCAGUUUACUUGUUAUUACUUGACAUGCAUUCAGUUUACUUGUUAUUACUUGAUAUGCAUUCAGUUUACUUGUUAUUACUUGACAUGCAUUCAGUUUCCUUGUUAUUACUUGGCAUUCAAUUUACUUGCUUGUACAGUGUAACCUCUUUUAAGAGUUAACACCAAUGUAAAGAAUAAAAUAAGUAAUUCUGCAUUAUUUGGAUCAGUUUUUUUCUACAAUAUAGAAUUUGAUGAAAUGCUGAUUUUUCAUUUCUUCUGAAUAUACUAUUUAAAGAACAUCCUGCAGAUUAAAAAGACGGUCGUUUGCUUGAAGUUUUGCAAGUCAAAUAGUGAUCAAUUAGAGUAAUUUUGACCCCAUACAAGUUUCAUAAUGCAGAUGGAAGUAUCUCUACAAUGUAGAUUUUAACGCUGUUUUUCAGAAUUGUAAAAUCUGUAUAUUCUGUUGUGUGGUCAAAAAAUAUAUCUAUAGGUCCAUGUGCUUAUUUUUGAGAUAUUUGCCCGUCAAAUAAGAGAUCCCCAAAAUUUGAAGGCAUCACUUAGAAUUAUUUCAGGUGACAGCAUUUUUAUACACCUGUGAAAUGGGACACAUUAUGUGAUCAUUUGCAGUAGACGGGUGGCAUCCAGUAAAGUUAUCAGCUCUUAAACAGGAGUGCUUUAUAUCCAAUUUUCUCCAAACUUGGUCACAUUGUUUAUUAAUAUUUGAGCCAAGUUUGGUAACCAGUUUGAUUGUCUGAGUGGCUCUGGAGUUAUGGCCCUUGAAUUACUUAAGUAUGAAAAUUGACAUUGUACACUCACUAACUGGAGUAGUUCUUAUCAGUGUUUACAAAAUUUGGUCACGUUUAUGUGCAUAAUUUCUCAGACAGGUUUGAUAACCAGCUGGAUCUUGGGUUAUGGCCCUUGAAUUACCAAGAAUUGGGAAAAUUGAAUGUCUUCUUAAUAUAAUAACUCAAGCAGUUAUUACCCAAUUUUUAAUAAUCUUAGAAUGUUCAUGAGCAUAUUAUCUUCAAAAAGUUCAAUAAUCAGUUAGUCUUUGUUGCUCAGAGUUGUGGCCCUUUAAUUAUUCAAAAUUUAGAAAAUUUACACAAGAUGGCGUUUGAAUGUAGGAUGAUUUUCAUUUCUGUAUAUGCCAUGUUCAAGAAUUAUUACACGUUAUCUGCAUAAAUGAUGUUACACCAUGACCUUUUUUAUCAUAUGUGUAGGACUACUAAAUCAGGGCUCUUGCUUGUGGCAAUUUUGGCGAAAUAGUCACUUUGGCACUUCUUGAGUUUGCUCAGACCUAACCUCAAAGUUUACUUCAAUUUGCCUUGCUUUCUGGAUCCACAAUAAUUGCUGAUUACCAGUAUUCAAAUUGUUGAGAAAUUUUGUACAAUGUCAAAAUCAUUAAGUGAACGAAAAAUAAUGUUGUGAAAAGGUGUUUAUUUUUUGUGAUAUGAAAUUCAACAGCGUCAUUUUGUAUAUGUUAGCUGUUGAAUACAUCAAGAUUCCUUCGUGUUUAAUUAUUGUAUCUAUACAUAUAUACGAAUAUUGGUAUAUAAACUAAAUAUGUAGUAAUUGGCGUCCUAUAUGAAAGGGAUUAAAAAACAAUGAAACAGAUAUCAUUUUAAUGUUUUUAAAACCUACCUCUGUAAUGGGUGAUUAAGACAUAGACAAAAUGCCACGAAAAUGUUUACUGUAUCGAUACCAACAUCAUUUCCCAAAGGAAUAUCGUAUGUAUGUAGUCAUUUUUCACACGAUGCCAAUCAUAUAUUGUUGAGAGGCCUGUGUGAAUUUCUCAAAGUGCGUAUAAAUAAUAUAAAUGUUCUUGUGAUUAUUGUUGAAGUGGGUAAGUUCUGAAAAAAUGACAUAUUUGGAAGGUAUGUUCUGUUCUAUUUAGAAUGGUGUCACCAAAAUACUUUUUGAUAACCCAUAAUUUUGAUAUUAUUGAAUAUAGACUUGAAUGUUUUCAUCAUUAUUUCGAUCAGUUAUCAUCAGCUAAAUGCAAAAAGGGGAGAACUGUAUUGACAUAAAAAAAUGCAGUUUCUCGGUUUUUGCGGUGUGAUAAAUUUAAUCAUUUAGAUGAAAUAAUUACAUGAAGUUAUAUGUUUCUUGUGAGAUUUAAUAGUUGGACAGCUGUCCGACUACAUGUUUUGGGAUUAAUGUAUAAAUUGUUUUUUUUUAUUGAAUGUUAAUGAAUAUAGUUCACUAAUAUUGUUCAUUAAAAGUUGUUUUCUGAA